AUGCUCGCGGCUCUGCCAGGCUCCCUGCCAUCCCGCUGCACCGCCCGGCUGGGUCGGCAGCCGCACCCCAGGCUGUGGGAGUCCUGGCUCUUGGGUCUCUGCCUGGCCUCAGCCCUUGGGGAGCACAAGCAGCUCUGCUUUGGGCACCGGCAGGCUGUGGUGGGGCGAGUCGGGGAGAGCACAGUGCUGGGCUGCGACCUCCUGGAUGCCCACGAGGCCCGUCCCCCUCUCUAUGUGAUCGAGUGGGUCCGCUUCGGCUUUGUCCUCCCCAUCUUCAUCAAGUUCGGGCUUUACUCGCCGCGGGUGGACCCGGAGUACAUCGGUCGUGUGCGGAUUGAGGAAGGCGCCUCGCUGCGCAUCAACCUCCUGCGUGCUGAGGACCAAGGCUGGUACGAGUGCCGCGUGCUCUUCCUCGACCGGCACAGCACUGACGCUGACUUCCAGAACGGCACCUGGAUCCACCUCACCGUCAAUGCACCCCCCACCUUCCUGGAGACCCCCCCUGCAUUUGUGGAGGUGCGGGACCGGGACACGCUGAGCCUUACCUGCACGGCUGUCGGCAACCCCCAGCCUGUUGUCAUCUGGAAGAGGAGCGACCUGGCUGUCCAGAGUGGGGAAACAGUGCAGGUGAAGAACGGGACACUGAGCAUCGCUGCCGUGGAGCGUGCCAGUGCAGGCACUUACACCUGCCAUGCUUCCAGUGAGGAGGGCACCAUCACCCACACCACCCGUGUGCUUGUGCAGGGGCCACCCAUCAUCGUGGUGCCACCCCAGAACGUCACUGUCAACGUCUCUCAGGAUGCCUUUCUGGCGUGCCAGGCCGAGGCAUACCCGGGAAACCUCACCUACACCUGGUUCCAGGGCAGCAGCAACGUUUUCCACCUCAGCCACCUCCAGACUCGGGUCCGUGUCCUGGUGGAUGGGAGUCUCUUGCUCCAGCGAACAACCCCAGAUGACGCCGGCAAAUACACCUGCAUCCCCAGCAACGGGCUGUGGAAGCCACCUUCUGCCUCGGCCUUCGUCACAGUGCUGUAUCCGGCGCAGGUGACCACCAUGCUCCCAGAGACCCACCUGCCCAAGGGGAUGCAGGGUGUGAUCCACUGCUCCACCAGGGCCAACCCUCCUCUGCUCUCCGUCAGCUGGACGAGGGACGGGCGCCCGCUGGAGCUGGACAAGCUCCCUGGCUGGUCUGUGAGACCGGAUGGCUCCAUUGUCAUUGCAACGGGGAACGACGAUGCUCUGGGAGUGUACACGUGUACCCCAUACAACAGCUACGGCACCGCUGGCGAGUCCCAGCCCACACGUGUUCUGCUGAAGGACCCCCCCGCCUUCACAGUGCGCCCCAAGGGGGAAUACUUCCAGGAGGUGGGCCGGGAGCUGGUGAUCCCCUGUGUGGCCCAUGGGGAUCCCCCCCCAACUGUCACCUGGCUGAAGGUAGGCAGCGCGGGGAAGAGCGGCGCCCAGGUGGAUGGGAACAGCAGCCUCAUCUUCCGCCCGCUCAUCAAGGAGCAGCAUGGGGUCUGGGAGUGCACGGCCACCAACCAGGUAGCCAGCGUCAGCACCACCACUUCUGUCCACGUGCUGGGUACCAGUCCUCAUGCUGUCACCAACGUCUCUGUGCUCCCGCUCCUGCUGGCAGCCAAUGUCUCCUGGGAGCCAGGGUUUGAUGGAGGCUAUUUCCAGAGGUUCAGCGUCUGGUACACACCGCUGGUGAAGCAUCCGCCCCGGGCUCAUCAUGACUGGGUGUCACUCUCGGUGCCGGUGGGGGCUCAGCACCUCUUGGUGGAGAAUCUGCAGCCAGACAUGAGCUACCAGUUCAGCGUCCUGGCCCAGAACAAGCUGGGCAGCGGCCCCUUCAGCCAGAUUGUCACCUCCAUGCCCAGGGGCUUCCCAGUGACCACAGUGCCUCCAGAGCCGCCAGCCAUGACCAUGCGCGUCUUCCUGUCCCCGCCGCAGGCUCUGACCGCCAAUGAGACUCUGCGUGGGGUCCUGCUGCAGUGGGACCCCCCGGCUCAGUUCUCGGUGGCACUUAGCGGCUACGCACUGGAGCUGCGGCAGGACAAGGGCGGCUGGGAGGUGCUGGACCGCUCUAUCCCCAGCACGAAGACCCAGGUCCUGGUGCCAGGACUCAUCAAGGACGCCUUCUACGAGUUUCGACUGGUGGCCUUUGCUGGCAGCUACAUCAGUGAUCCCAGCAAUACGGUGAACGUCUCCACAGCAGGCAUGGAGGUGUAUCCGUCUCGCACUCAGCUGCCAGAGCUCCUGCCGCAGCCGGUGCUGGCCGGGGUCAUCGGGGGGAUCUGCUUCCUCAGCGUGGCUGUCAUCUUCAGCACCAUGGCCGCCUGCAUCAUGAACCGCCGGCGUGCUGCCCGCAUCCAGAAGCGAAGGCAAGAUCCACCACUCGUCUUCUCCCCCAGCAAGAAGCUUCCACCUCCACACAAUUCUCGUGGCUCUGGUAGCCCAGACAGCACUGUGAAGCUGAAGCUGCAGCCAUCUCCCUACCGGAGCUUGCGCCAGACGCUGCUGUGGGGCGAGAAGGCCGGCACCAGCCUGGGUCUCAGCAUCGCCGGGGCUGGCUCCCGGUAUGCCGUGUACGAGAGCCACAUUGGGGAGCACGUGCCCCUGGAGCGGAUCUGCCGUGGCCCUGAUGGGCGUUUUGUGGUGGAAACUGACACACGGCUGCAGGAGACUGCCUUUGGGGCCCUGCCCUACACUGAGCCAGAGCCAUACCCCCAGCGGGACUCCCCGGGGCCGCAGACUGAGCCCUACCUCCAGCUGCCCGCAGAGGAGGAGCCCAUCUGGCGCAAGGGGGUCUCGCUGCGCCCCCGGCCCACAGGGCAGGCCCGCCAGGGAGCCCGAGCCGCCAGCUACCGCCAGGGCCGCUACUUUGGCUACGGCAGCAGCAGCCCCGUGGAUGAGGCUGCAGCAUUGUGCAUCAUCAACAUCAGCCCUGUGGCCUCUGCCGCGACUCUGCCUUACAGUACCGUGGAGGAGCUGCGCGACAACCCUGGCAGCGCCAGGCUCUGCCAGAACACUGCCAGCGCCCUGUGGGACUCGCCGCCCCUCGGCUCCCCAGCCUCCCCCAGCCUUGGGUGCAGCCAGCAGCUGGCUGGCCCCCCGGCCCAGAGCGGGAUCCUCCAGUACCUGAGCCUGCCCUUCUUCAAGGAGAUGUGCGUCGAUGGCGACUGGCCACCCCUGGAGGAGCCGGCUGAGCCCAGCCCAGCCAGCCAGCCAGAGCCUGCUGACAGCCCACCCCCUGCCCUGCCGGGGGCUGGGGGUUCCCUGCAGCACACGGGGCAGACACUGUGCCCGGACUCCACUGACACAUGUGCCAACGCCAUCUCCCCCCCAGCCACUGCUUUCCUCAAGCCCCCCAGGCUGCCGGUGGGUCCUGCCAAGGCCUCACUGCCUGGUAGUGCUGCCUGGCCCGGCUCCCCCAGCCCCGGGGCCGGCCCGGCCCCCCCCCCCCACCCCGGGGCCGGCCCGGGGCCCCCCACCCAGUCAGCUCACCGCCUCCCUGCUGGUGGUGGUAGGACUGAAGCUGUGCCCUCAAUUGGCACCGCAGAGCCCAGCUGGGCACCGUGUGGGCCCCUGGAUCCUCCCCCCCUGGAGAAGCUGCCGCGGGGCAGUUUGACCAGCCAGAGCAGCGGCCGGGGCAGCGCCUCCUUCCUGCGACCCCCCUCACUGGCACCGUCCCUGGGGGGCAACUGCCUGGGCACCCCCCUCGGGGACAGGGGCAGCUGGCACAGCAGAGGCUCGGUGGCGGAGGAGGGCAGGGUGAGGAUGAAUCCAGCCCUCGGUGGCACCGGAAAGAGGAGGAACACCUCGGUGGACGAGAACUACGAGUGGGAUGCAGAGUUUGCCCUGGAGUCAGACAUCCUUGAGGCGCUGCAGCUCUACCGCAGUGGGGACCCGGCGCGGCCUGUCUCUACCAUCGCCCUGCGCGACCUGGAGCGGCAGAAGCCCGGCGGCGGCUCCUCCCCAGUGAGCUCGGUGUCAGCAGAGGCAUUGGCAGCGGCGGGUGGACCCCUGGAGCGUGGCACAGCCCUGUGCCAGGAGCUGGUGGUAUCCCGGCGCCGCAGGGAGGUGGCCCGGCAGCGGCUGGGGUCACCCCCAGCUCUGUCCCCCCGGAUCUGUCCCCUGUCACAUCAUGCCCCCUGGUCCUGCCCCGUGUCCCCGGGGUCCCCCCGUGUCCCCUGCAUCAGCCCUGCCCCUGUCCCCCAGGUCCUCCCCCGUGUCCCUUAG